CGGCGAGCGCAGCUGGGGCAGCUCGGUGCUAGCUGCCAGCGAGGGUCGAACCCAGAGCGGGGUCUGAGUGUGGGGCCGGCGCUGAGAGGGCGGGCUCGGGGCGCAGACCGGUGGCAGGAUGUUCAGCUGGAUGGGGCGGCAGGCGGGCGGGCGCGAGCGUGCGGGCGGCGCGGACGCCGUGCAGACGGUGACUGGCGGCCUGCGUUCGCUCUACCUGCGCAAGGUGCUGCCGCUGGAGGAGGCGUACCGCUUCCACGAGUUCCACUCGCCGGCGCUGGAGGACGCCGACUUCGAGAACAAGCCCAUGAUCCUGCUGGUGGGCCAGUACAGCACUGGCAAGACCACCUUCAUCAGGUACUUACUGGAGCAAGAUUUCCCCGGCAUGAGGAUUGGUCCAGAGCCCACCACUGAUUCCUUCAUCGCUGUGAUGUAUGGGGAGACUGAGGGCAGCACCCCAGGGAACGCUUUAGUCGUGGACCCCAAAAAGCCAUUUCGAAAGCUUAGUCGCUUUGGAAAUGCUUUCCUGAAUCGAUUCAUGUGCUCCCAGCUGCCCAAUCAGGUCCUGAAGAGUAUCAGCAUCAUCGACAGCCCUGGCAUCCUGUCUGGGGAGAAGCAGCGCAUCAGCCGAGGUCAGUUCCCCCCAUUUCACCCAGUGCUGGCCUAGGCUCUCUCUGCUGUUGGCAGAGGAUUUCUGUGUCUGUUGUAUUCUUUCCAUCCUCCAGGACCCCUGGCAGCCCCCGGGGUUCAGAGCUAAAAAGGUUCCAAGAAAUAACCAAGAAGUCAUAGCAUCAAAAGGCUCUGCC